UGGGCAGGGGUCCUGGGGUGGCGGCCGCGCUGUUCUACGGGGCGGUGGCGGCGCUGGUGCUGCUGGGGGUGCGGGACGUGCUGUUCCUGUACGAGGAGAACCGGUGCAGCAUGACCUACAUGUACGAGUACCCCGAGUACCUGAAAAUAAAACUACCUAAGAAAAUAUCCAGACGUUUUCCAGCCUAUGAGCUCUAUCUCUAUGGGGAAGGGAAUUAUGCUGAAGAAAACAAAAAUCUGAUAUUGACAGGGAUUCCAGUUCUCUUCCUUCCUGGGAAUGCCGGGAGUUACAAACAAGUACGUUCUCUUGGCUCUAUAGCACUUAGAAAAGCAGAAGACAUUGACUUCAAGUACCAUUUCAAUUUCUUCACUGUCAAUUUUAAUGAGGAGCUGGUUGCACUAUAUGGUGGUAGUCUGCAAAGACAAACCAGAUUUGUGCAUGAGUGCAUUAAAGUAAUUCUUAAGCUGUACAAGGAUCAAGAAUUUGCUCCAAGCAGUGUUGCAAUAGUAGGUCAUUCCAUGGGUGGUCUUGUUGCAAGAGCAUUGCUCACUCUAAAGAAUUUUAAGCCUGAAUUCAUAAACCUCCUCAUUACACAAGCCACACCUCAUGUUGCACCUGUAAUGCCUUUAGACAAAUAUCUUACUGAUUUUUAUACAGCUGUAAACAAUCAUUGGAUUUUAAAAGCCCAAGAUGUAAGAAAUCUAACUACGCUUUCUGUGGCGGGAGGAUUCCGAGAUUACCAAGUUCGUUCAGGACUCGCUUUUCUACCCAGAUUAAGUCAACAUAGCCAUGCCUUAUUUGUUGUGAGCUCAGCAGUGCCUAGAACUUGGGCCUCAACAGAUCACCUCUCUAUAGUAUGGUGUAAAGAAUUGAUCUUGGCAACCAUUAGGGCACUUUUUGAUCUUAUUGAUGAAACCACCAACCAGAUCACUGAGGAUCCAAAGAAGAGAAUGUUAGUAUUGAAUCAUCACUUUGUGAGGCACCCAGCAAAGUUCUUUGAGGAAGAUCCUGAAACACUUACUGAACUUAAAGGAACUUUGAUUUGGAUGAAAAUCAAAUCCUCAAAAUGGACCUAUACAGUUUACAAUGAAUCUGAUGGAAAAUAUUUCAUGUUUCCUCUUUCAAACCACAGAAAAACCUACAGUCAUGUCCACUGUCAAAACAGUAUGUUGGAUACAAGUAGCUGGAUUUAUGGCUGUUCAGACAAUAGUUCAUCUAUGUGCCUGGAAGGUUUUGAUUUAUCCUGGAAAGCUGAGUUACUGCCAACUGUUAAGGUUGUAACUCUGAAACUCCAGGAAUAUCCUUCUUUGACCAAUCUUGUAGUGUAUGUUCCAGCUAUUAAUGGCAAUAAGUUUACUUUGGACUGUGAAUUCUUUAAAGAGGAUUCCCGAACAGUACAACUUCCUGUAACACAUCUUUUUUCUUUUGGGCUUUCUUCAAGCAAAAUUGUAUUAAAUUCAACUGGUUUAAUUUACAAUGUACAGCUCCAACACUUUGGCCAGAUAUACCAAGCUUUUAAAAUCUACAUUGAGAGCCACUGCCAACCACACAAAGGAAGAAAAACUAGUGUUUACAGACUCCACAUACCAUGGUCACAUGAAGACUCAAUAACUGUCUCUAAAGUUCCAUCUUUUACUGAGAUUUCUGCAAAACUGCACAUUGCACAACCUGAAAAUGACAGCACUGUUGCAGUAUUAAAUAUUUAUUCAUCUUCAGAUUGUCAAUAUGAAGUAACCAUCAAGACCUCAUUCUCACAAGUUCUUGGGCAAGUAAUAAGGUUUCACAGUGGUUCCCUUCCUGUGUAUGUUAUUUCUAAUAUGCUUCUUGCAUAUGGAGGACAAUUAAGCGCCUUAAUUUCAACAGGCCACUGUUCAGAUUUUGUUCUUGCACUGGGUAGAGCAGCCAGACCCUACAAAGUGGACCCUUUUGUGAAUGUUGUUAAAUUUCUAUUGGGGUUUAACUGGUUUAAAGAUAUAUGGAAUGUAUUGUUUUUGCCAGAGUUGGAUGCUGUUUUACUGAAUAAGCAGGAUAUGUGGUUCCCCCUUGUGUCCCUGAUUCUAUUUCUUUUUGGGACAGGAAUUGCCUACUGGGGUGGCAUACUCUUCUCUUCAUCUCUAAGGCUCUUGUCUUCAUUGUGGUUAUCUUUGACAAGACCCUCUGGACUUCCUAAAGACAGCAAGUUGAUGACACCAAGAAGAGCAUUUAUGGCCAUUCUUCUGGUUUUUGUUAGCUGUACCACUUGUGGGGCAUUUGCUAUAUUAAUUAUCUAUCUUCACUACAUAUUCAAGGUUAUCAAGCUACAUUCGAAUGUAAGAAUAGAGCAAAAUGUUCUUAAUAUGGAUCCAAAGCAUUCAAAAGAAACUUCAGAUAAUUCCAAUAAAGAGACAGUAAAGAACUGUGAUUCAGCAGAGACCAUUACAGAAGCAGCAGCAGCAUCACCCACCACCAGUACAGCUAUUGACAAUGUUGUAAACAGUCUUAAGAUACAUGUUACAAUCAUCAAUUUACUCACAUGGAUUGUGCUACUCAGUUUACCAUCUUUAAUUUAUUGGUUUAAAAAUCUCAGGUACAAUAUUAGACUUGAUCCUGAUCCAUGUAGAACUACGGCUAUUAUUCUUGUAUCCACUUUGGGAAUUCUCAUGAAUUCAAGUACUACUAAAGUAAAAUCAAGUAAACUGUCAAAAAUUGCAGCGCAACUUCCUCUUCCUUUGUCUGUAGCUGUGGUGGCCUUUGGACCAAUGCAUUUAUACAGAGUACCAUACUUUGUAAUCUGUUCUCUUCUUCUACAUGUGUUAUGUUGUAUUGUGUAAAUCUUUAGUUUCCCAAAUGAAAUCGGAAAAGCAGUGUGGCCCAGAAAUGGAUGCUGGAAAAAAAUGUCAAGUUGAACAAAGAAAUGUCCAGAUCAAUGUAACCGCUAAUCAACAUCAUUUGGAGAAGAUGACAGAAUUGUGAACAGUUCUUGUGAAGUUUGGGGUGUUUGGGAAAUCUCAGAAACCUGCUUGUGGUGUUAGUCUACUAAUUGAAAAAUUGAUGGGAGAAUUGCAAUAUUUCUCUGGACACAAAAAAUCUCUUUUCUUAUUAGCAUAACACUUCAGUGUUCUAGAUUUUAGUAGGCAGACCAUUCUGUAUCCACACUGCAGAUAUUUUGAUAUUUCUGUUGACACUUGGCUUUCUGUUGAAACACGUUUACCCUCCUGUGUGUAUGUAUUGAACCUACAUCUUGUUCUUGGGUUUUAAAAUGUGAUGGUUAAAAUUCACAAAUGAUUGAAAGUGCACUGUAUCACAAAAACGAAAUAGCCAAGAAUACUUUUAAUCAUUUUAUGCCACAGUAACAAGCUGUCACAAUUUUCUUUUCUUGUAUCUAUACAAAGUAGAAUGUAUUUUAUCUACUGAUCUGUUAAUUUCUAACAAAUCAAACAUUUUUAUCAGUGUCUGUGGCACAUUUGUGUGAUUUAUUGAAAGUGUUGGUGGCUUAUAAACUUUAUCUUUUGUAAGAGUGAUAAAAACUAUAUAUAUACUCUGUUGCUUUCUAUUCAGGAAGGAUGUCAUAGAUUCAUACACAAUUUCUGUAAUGUUGUUUUAAAACAUUGACAAAUGCUGAAAAAAAAACGGUGCCAGAAUUUCAGUAAUAGUGGGAAAUACUGACCAUAAUAAUCAGCUCUGUAAAGUAGCAUCUUAUUGCCUCGAUCCUAAAGUGACUGGCAUUAUUAAAAUAUCUAAGGCAGAUAUCUGUAAUGUAUGGGAAAUCUCUUCCUUGGUACUGUAUAAGUGUUUUAAAACAAAAGAAACAAAAAUUGUGUCCAUCAAGCUAAAAUGAUCUAUAGUCCUUGUAAAUCUGAUUGGUUGAUUCUAAACAGGGAUGGACUGUCUACUCAUUUCUGUGUGUCUUAUCUAUCUCUAGUAUUUCUGAGGCACCGAUCACCUUAAUAUCAAAGCACUGAUCCUAUCUGAUAGCUCCUUUUUUCUGAUCUUCUCUUCUUACGAAUAGUUUGAGGAAAUCCAGUACCUACAGUCAAGUUACAGCAUAUGCUCCAUGCAGCAGUAGAGCCUAAAUCCAUUUGUUCUAUUGUAUUGCAUCAUUCUUGCCUGAAGUGCCUCCGUUAAUUCUGGCUUGUUUUUAAGAGUCAUGUAGUUGAGCUGGCUGGGAAGACUCUGUAAGUUUAUGCAAUGACUUUCCAAACUGAAAGUGUGAGGUGACAUGACGAACUGCAGCACCUUAAUUUUUGUCAGCUCAUAAACAAGCCAGCAGUCCAAGCUAUCCGUGAACCCUUAAGACUGCUUUAAGUAUAAGAUAACAGUAGCUACCUGUGUCACCAUCACUGUUAUCAGUAAUGUAUAUGCUGGUUUUCUAAUCUUAACACUUAUAUAAUGCUAGGCUAUUCAUAGCUUUUGUAAAUCAGAAAAGGUCUUUGAACAAACUACACUCUGAAAUUUGAUUUCUACCCAAAUGUAUGCUACAGUAUGUAUGUAUAUGACACAAACACUCAUAAUAUGCUGUGUGUGUAUUUAUAGCCAAAUUCUGCAGUCCUUUAUCCUAAAACCUCAUAUUCAAAUAUAGAGUAGAGUAAUAAUAUUUCUAGUUUAGGAUGAUUGUGUAACAAGAGAGAGUUGCAGAGCCAUGUAGAGUUCUCUUUUAGCCAUUACAAUCAAGGGAAAGUAUCCUAGGUUGGUCUUCCUUGCUGCAUAUUGUACUGUGCUUCUAGCAUCGGGCUUGAUUUUUGCUACCCUGACCACUGAGUAAUACCUUAUUCUGCAAAUAGAUCCAUUUACACUAUUGCAGUGGUUAGAUAUCCUCACUGUUAAAUAUUUACUUCCUGUUUGAACUUUGCUAAUUUAACUUUUUUAUGUCCUGGUUUGCUAAAUAAGACAGGCCAUAAAUUAUUCUUGUUGCUGUUCUUCAAAUCCCCUCUAGUUUUUUAACACCCUUUUUAAAGUAUGGACACCAGAAUUGGCUACAGUAUUUCAGCAAUGGUCUCACCAGUGCCUUAUGCAAAGGUCAAAUCACCUCCUUCCCUGUUCGUAAAACACUUUGUGAAUGAGGAGAAUAAAACCUGUCUUUCGGCUUAUUUCUGUUGAUUAUAGCCUUCUGUGGGUACAUAUGAAAUUUUUAUUUUAUAAACUGCCAUCUACAUAGCAUAGGUUAAGACAUUAUGAAAACUAGAAUAAAAUGUUACCCUAUUUUAAGUAAACUAUUCAUUAAAUAGCAAAUAUAGAAAUGUAUUUUUACUGCUUUUAGGACCUAAAUGUCUCAAAAUGAGAACUGAUGGAAGUCAAACCCAGAAUAUUACUGUGUUUUUCUAAGACAAACCUCUGAGCUGUUGCUAUCCCAAACCACCGUCAUGGGGUAUGGAUGGAACACCUUUCAUGUUAGGUAGAAAUGACAACUUUCUUGCGUUUAUUAAUGGUGUAAUUUAUAUAGCAAUGUUGUUUAACCAUAUUGGUACCAGGGAUUAGAGAGACAAGGUUGGUGACGUAUUAUCUUUUAUUGGGCCAACUUCUGUUGGUGAAAGAGACAAGCUUUCAAGCUUGACAGCUAAAUCAGCCCUGACACUCUGAAUACCUUUCCCAGAUCUAAAGAACAGCUCUGUGUAGCCUGAAAGCUUGUCUCUUUCACCAACAGAAGUUGGUCCAGUAAAAAAAACAAUAUCUUAUCUACCUCGUCUCUCUAGUUUAUACAGAGCAGUACCUUUUCUCAAAUGAGAUGAUGAUACUCUUAGGAUUCCCAUACAGCAGUCUCAGGCUGAGUGUGUUUUGCAGAUCUGUUAAAAUCUUUGGUCUAGAUUUUCAAAAGUGACCAAUGAUUUUUGGAUGACCAACAUGGAAUUCUUUUUAGGGACUUAAUUUUUCAGACUGUGCUGAGCACCGACCCUCUGCAAAUCAGGCUCCUUUAGAGGUGUGUAUAUAUAUACGUUUGUUUCUAUUAAUGCAGGUUUAAUUUUGCUUGCCUCUGUUGCUUUCUAAAAAAAAAAAAAAAAAAAAGACACGCUGUUUCAUAUGGUAUAAAGCAGUGUUUCCCAAACUUGGGACGCCGCUUGUGUAGGGACGUACUGGCUGCUGCUUCCAGAAGCUCCCAUUGGCCUGGAGCAGCGAACCGUGGCCAAUGGGAGCUGCAACCGGCAGGACCUGCGGACGCGGCAGGUAAACAAACCAGCCCAGCCCGCCAAGGGCUUUCCCUACACAAGCGGCGUCCCAAGUUUGGGAAACACUGGUAUAAAGAAUACACUUUUUAUUAAAUUUCAGUUUAUUUUUCUUUUAAAGAUCCUAUGGGUUGGAAUGAGAGUCCUUAUAUUUAAAAUGGGGAAUAGGGGUAGAACCAAUAAUCUUUUAAACCAGCACGAAUUUAAGUGCUCCCUCUGUAAGGGAAUCAAGUUGACUCUGUGAAUAAUGGUAAAUGUAGCUCUAAUACCUUAUAAAUAUACCGUGUUCCAAUAUUUAUGAAACAAUUCUGAGCAGAUAUGUAGAAUAUGUUUUUAAAAAUUUCAUUGGAUUCAGUUUCCAGUUUAUUCUUGUAAUUUAGCCUACAUUCUCCUCUCCUAUAGUCAGAUGAGAGAAAGCAGUCUGAAAACGGAGUUAUCUUGUGAUAUUUUAGGGGCAGUCUCCCUUCUCAGGGUGAAGAUGGUUGUUGACAUAUAGGGGAAUUAGGACCAAGGAAUUAGCCUACCACAGGAAAAUCGUGUCCUGCAAAUUUAAUAGACUAGGGACUCUCACCCCCUUGACAGCAGGUCACUCAGGAGCCAUGCUGUCUUCUAACUCCUGUUCCCUGUCUCUGAUGGGAAUAAAAGCUGCAGGGAGGGUAUUAAUAUGCAAUAUUAGUUGAUUGCACGUUUCCAAAUGGAUCUGUCAGAUUUGGAUUGGUGCAUGCCAUGUAUAGAGCAAAUGUUCCUUAGCUGUACUUCAAAAUCCAUUCAGUGUAAGAAUCCUUAAGUGUGCUUUUUGGCUUGUUUUUAUAAGUUUUCAGAAACAGAAUCAAAAGCAGGACAGGAACACAGUAACAAAAUUAAGUAACUUUAGUUAAAAUACAGUAAAAUCAAUAUUUUGCAAAUGGGCUAUAACUAGAACUUUUUAGUAAGGUGUCCCCAGAAUAAAGUCCAGUAUCAUCAGUUGUUCUUGACUUGAUGUGUAUUGUCUUUCUUGUCACUGUGACCAAGCAUGCAGGUUUUUUCUGCACUGUCUUGUCCCCCUGCAAUAAUUAGUAUCUGCUCCGUAGCUUCCAAUUCAUCAUGUGACCAUAAUGUGUGAUGAUGGAAAGGAGAACUCGUACCACUUCUGUUGUUAGCUGGGUCUUUUCGAACCAAUGUACCUCAAAAUUGAAUUAAUAUUGCCCACAAGGAGUGGUAUCAUAAUUAUUCAAAACAAAACUGGACUUCUGCAAGUCGGGUGUCAGCAUCAUCCUAAAUAGGGCUCUGUGUGUGUGUGUGUGUGUGUGUGUGUGUGUGUGUGUGUGUGUAGGGUUGUUUUAAAAAUAAUUGUGUUAACUGGAGUUUCAUUUAGAAUUAUUUUUAAUAUUCAGCACAGUUCAAUUUUUAUCAUUUAUGGAGCUGAUUGAAAUAGCAAGCUAUUGCACAUUGCAAAAUGAAUGAUAUAGCAAUACAGCACUGAGAAAUAAACUAAAAAAAUUAUGUUUAUAACACAAAGUAGGAGAACUUGGGAGCGCUAUGUGAUUAAAUAUAAUGGAGCAUCUGCAUGGAACAGAACAAAAUGUAAGUUAACCCAGCCGGGCUACAGAUGAACAGUCAUAUUAAAAGUUGCUGUUGAACAAAAAUCACAGUCUUGAUAAUAACAUGAAUCAGAUUUAUAUAUUUUAUUUAAGGGUUUAAAAAGUUACUGCUUUUUAUCAUUACCAUUCUUGAUACAAAGUCUAUUUUUUCUGUUCCAUUGCCAGUAAUAAACACCUCAAAUGCCAAGUAACAAUUAAUUUAUUAUAUUUAAUAGCUUUUGAUAUAUCUGCUUUCUAAAUGUUGACAGAAGAGUAUAAAUACAGUUUUAGUGUCUGUGAACAGAUUUAAACAUUCAUGAAGAACAUAUCUGAUGACCAGAUGUCUUUCAGUAAAAUGAUGAGAGAUUACUUGCAUAUUUUGACCUCAGUCUUGCUUGUGGUGAGAGAAAAGAGAGUGGACAUUUUAUAGAUAUAAAAUCCUGCAGCUUAAUAGAACUGCAAUGUCCUUUUCUGAGUAUGUAUUUAUAUAAUAAUACUGCUGCUGCUGUUAUAAAUUGUUAAACUACUAGAGAGCUGUUAACCACAAAACAGCCUAAAAUCUUGAGAUUUGAUUUAUAUUUCAUGUUAAAUGUUAGACAUUUGUUCAGUUUUAGUGUUAGAUUUUUUACAUUCCAUUUUUGGAAAAUAAGUGAGCUAGUUUAUAUAACACUUAGCACUGUGUUGUAAACUGUUUUAAAAAGUUCAUUACCUUAGUAAAACAUGCACAUUUGCCACCAAAGCUAUAUGUAACUGUUAUAUACCUCUUGAUGUUUGUGCCGAUGACCUACAUUUAAUAGACAAAUACAUACUGGACUAAAUAAAAUCAAGUUUUCCUACUUAAUUUUUUUUAAAACCUGGAACUUUAAGCUAGCAUUCAAAAUGAAUAAGUAUUUAAAAUCUUUCUUUGAAAACCUUUUAGAAUGGUAGUACUUUGAUAUAUUAAUAAUGAAAGAAUGCAAAUCAAAGUUCUUCUUUUAAAGAGUUCUAUGUGUUUUAAAGCUUAAACUAAAUAAAAUGUAUAAAUUUGUACCUUGGAAAACCCUUACUACAGUAUUUCUGUUUUCUAAUAAUUUUUAAAUUACUUUAGAAAAAUUCGGCAGCCUUUCUUUAGUCAGGCAAAUCUGCCUAGGCCCCCAAUUCUGCAAGGUACUUAAGCAUGUGCCUACCAGAAUUGAGGCCUAAGAAAGAACUGUGAUAUUUGGCCCUUUAUUUGGAUUCAGACUUAGGGCUUGAUCCUGCAAACCCUUACAUAGGUAGUCCUGACUCAUGAGUAAUCCCACUUUACACUCUGAUCUUGCAAGCAUAUCUGCAUGGGCACAAGACCUGACUGUGUGGAGCUUCUUGCAGGAUCAGGACCAUAGUCUAUAAGGGUUUAUGUCAGUAAAGGUUUGCAGGAUCAUUACCUAACCCUAAGGCAUAUUUGUGCAAACACUGUCAAGCGUUGUGUUCACAGUAAUAAGUGAUAUAACUAGCAUCUUAAGUUUAUGCAGGAUCGGUCCAUUAGAAAUCAGUGUUUUGAAGCUUUGUGUAUUCAUCAAAAUACCAACAAGUGAGAAAAUGUUUGUAUUUACUGUAAAUCUGAAAAAAAUGUAUGAAGCAUUUUGAUUUUAAGUUUUUUAUUUCUAUUGCAGUGUUUGACUAUUAACAAUUUUAUUCUGGUGAAAAUCAAAACUUUAAUAUUCAAUUAUGUAACUGCAGUUUGAGAACAAUAUUGGAGAUACUUCAGUAACUGACAACUAUAACAUUACAGCACUCUACAAAGAAUAAAAAUGACACACACAAUUAGAAUGCCAAACCAAAAUGAAAAUGACAUAAUAUUUUCUCACUGUGAUUUAAAGCAUGUAGUUUUGUGGGGCAAAACAUUGUGCCUUAAACAAUUAAAUGAAUACACUGCAGUUCUAGCCUGUAAACGUCUGUAGCCUCUGAUUACAUUGUGAAAGUCCAUAUGAAGUUGGCCAAAGAAUUUUUUUUUAAGUAUGGAUCAUAACUGCAACUUGAUUGAGUAGCAGGAGAAAGGGGGAUGUUAGUUUCUUACUCUUCCUGUGUUAGCUGUGGCAUUCUUGGAGGCCUCCACUAUUUUUAAAUACAACUAAAUUUUCUUUACAUUGGUUGCUUUGAAUCCAAACCUUAAAAUCAGGAAAUUCAGAAUUGUUGUUUACAUUUAAUUCCUGAACUCAUUCACACACACGCGCACACACACACACACACAGAGUAGCAAGACGUAUAAGCCUCAGGUGUGUGUCUUGGCUUUCGUUGCUUUUUGUGUCACAAUCCUAAUCUUCUAUAGAAAUUAAUUGUAAUCAUAUUAAGAUUUUAUUUUUUCCUCUAGAAACCUUACCGAAAGCUGUAAAGAUCACAGAAAGUAUUGUAUUUAACAAUGAAUAGUUAAUAUCUCGGCCUAUUUAAAAGCAAAAGGGUAUAAUACUGUAGUUGCCCCAUAAGCAUUGUAUAGUGAAUUAUAUUUCUGAAGAAAAAAAUAAUUAUUUUACAUAUAACCUGCAAAGGGCUUUAAAAAAUAGACAUGCCAUAUUUUGGAUCCUUCUGUUACAUUAAAGCCUUUCAGAUCCUUUUAUUGUUAAUGUUCGUAUUUUAUUUUAUUUUAUUUUAUUUUAUUUUUUAAGACUAUGAGGACAGUCAAAAGACUGUGGCUUUUCUGGCUCUUGCAAUAGGACUUAAUGGAUAUCAGAAGAUUGUUAACCCUCACUU